AUGCUUCUCGCCCUCCCUGUCCUGACUACCGCGUUGGUGGCGGGCCCGCGCGCCGAGCUGCCCGUGCAUCAGCAGAUGCGGGCAGCCGCAGCACCGCUGCGCGUCUCGACCGCGCGCAUGAUGGCGGACCCUGCGCCGCCGCCCGCGGCCAAGCUGGACGCCCUCUCGGAGAAGUGGCGCAAGCGGCAGGCGAGGGAGGAGGACGAGGGCGCACAGCUGGUGGGGUGGAGCAAGGCGGCAGAGAUCACGAAUGGGCGCUUCGCCAUGUUCUUCCUCCCCGUCGGCCUCAUCACCGAGUACUACACCGGCGAGAGCGUCCCGCAGCAGGUGUACACGCUGCUGCAGACGCUUGGCUUUGUCGAGUGA